AUGUCAACUUCAAAACUAUCAGGAUCUGCUGCUCUUAACUCCAAACUCUUAUCCAAACAUGAAAUCAAUUGUGAUAUGGGCGAAGGAUUUGGUCGCUACCAAAUUGCUCCAGAUGAUGAGAUAAUGCCAUUCAUUGAUCGUGCAAAUAUUGCUUGUGGAUUCCAUGCUGGUGAUUACAACAUUAUGUUGAAAACUGUUCAAACUGCUAAAAAAUAUGGGGUUAAAUGUGGUUCCCACCCUGGAUUACCUGAUAUGAUUGGUUUCGGAAGAAGACCUUGGAGUAUUCCACCUGAAGAGAUAUACAAGUUGAUAUUAUAUCAAACUGGUGCUUUGAAGGCAUUUUUGGAUGCUGAAGGUGUUGAAUUAAGUCAUGUUAAACCUCAUGGUGAAUUAUACUUUUACAUUGAAAGAGACGAAGCUGUAAUGAGAGCUGCUUUGAAAGCUAUAAAGACUUUUGGGGUUCCGGUUGUUGGAGCUAAAAAUGCACAUUACGAGAAAAUUGCAAAAGAGGAAGGUGUUGAUUUUAUUCAAGAGUUGUAUGUUGAUUGUGAUUAUGAUGCAAAAGGUGCUUUAGUUCCGCCUGCUAAAAGUAGACCUAAAAAUCCAGAUAUCAUUCAUGAUGCUAUUUAUGUUGCAGGCUCAACAGAUACAAUCACUGAUCAAAAUGAUAACAAAAUGGAUUUACAUUUUGAAAAAAAUCCAAUCAGUGUGUGUCUACAUUCAGAUAUGCCAAAUUCUUUGAAUAAUGUUAAGAAGGCUCGUGAAGCAAUUGAUAAGUUGAAUAAUAUUUAA